AUGCCUCUGACCAAGGAAGGCGACGAAAUGCCUCUGACCACGGAAGGCGCUGAAGUGCCUCUGACCAAGAAAGGUGCCGAAAUGCCUCUGACCAAGGAAGGUGCCGAAAUGCGUCUGACCAAGGAAGGUGCCGAAAUGCGUCUGACCAAGGAAGGUGCCGAAAUACCUCUGACAAAGGAAGGCUUCGAAAUGCCUCUGACCAAGGAAGGUGCGGAAAUGCCUCUGACCAAGGAAGGCGCUGAAGUGCCUCUAACCAAGGAAGGUGCAGAAGUGUCUCAGACCAUGGAAGGUGCCGAAAUGCCUCUGACCAAGGAAGGGGCAGAAGCGCCUCUAACCAAGGAAGGUGCAGAAGUGCCUCAGACCAUGGAAGGUGCCGAAAAGCCUCUGACCAAGGAAGGCACCAAAGCGCCUCUGACCAAGGAAGGCGCCGAAGUGCCUCUGACCAAGGAAGGGGCCGAAAUGCCUCUGACCAAGGAAGGCGACGAAAUUCCUCUGACCAAGGAAGGCGCCGAAAUGCCUCUGACCAAGGAAGGCACGGAAGUGCCUCUGACCAAGGACGAUGCCGAAAUGCCUCUGACCAAGGAAGGUGCCGAAAUGCCUCUGACCAAGGAAGGCGCUGAAAUGUCUCUGACCAAGGAAGGGGCUGAUGCGCCUCUGACCAAGGAAGGCGCCGAAAUGCCUCUGACCAAGGAAGGCGCAGAAGUGCUUCUGACCAAGGAAGGUGCCGAAAUGCCUCUGACCAAGGAAGGCGCCGAAAUGCCUCUCACCAAGGAAGGCACGGAAGUUCCUCUGACCAAGGAAGGUGCCGAAAUGCCUCAGACCAAGGAAGGCGGCGAAAUGCCUCAGACCAAGGAAGGCGCAAAAAUGCCUAUGACCAUUGUAGGUGCCGAAAUGCCUCUGACCAAGGAAGGCGCUGAAGUGCCUCUGACUAAGGAAGGUGCCGAAAUGCCUCUGACCAAGGAAGGUGCCGAAAUGCCUCUGACCAAGGAAGGUGCCGAAAUGCCUCUGACCAAGGAAGGCGCCAAAAUGCCUAUGACCAUGGAAGGUGCCGAAAUGCCUCUGACCAAGGAAGGCGCUGAAGUGCCUCUGACUAGGGAAGGUGCCGAAAUGCCUCUGACCAAGGAAGGUGCCGAAAUGCCUCUGACCAAGGAAGGUGCCGAAAUGCCUCUGACCAAAAAAGAUGCCGAAAUGCCUCUGACCAAGGAAGGCGCUGAAAUGCCUCUGACCAUGGAAGGCACUGAAAUGCCUCUGACCAAGGAAGGCGCCGAAAUGCCUCUGACCAAGGAAGGCGCAGAAGUGCUUCUGACCAAGGAAGGUGCCGAAAUGCCUCUGACCAAGGAAGGCGCCGAAAUGUGUCUGACCAAGGAUGGCGCCGAAAUGCCUCUGACCAAGGAAGGCACGGAAGUUCCUCUGACCAAGGAAGGUGCCGAAAUGCCUCAGACCAAGGAAGGGGCCGAAAUGCCUCAGACCAAGGAAGGCGCCAAAAUGCCUAUGACCAUGGAAGGUGCCGAAAUGCCUCUGACCAAGGAAGGCGCUGAAGUGCCUCUGACUAAGGAAGGUGCCGAAAUGCCUCUGUACAAGGAAGGUGCCGAAAUGCGUCUGACCAAUGAAGGUGCCGAAAUACCUCUGACAAAGGAAGGCUUCGAAAUGCCUCUGACCAAGGAAGGUGCGGAAAUGCCUCUGACCAAGGAAGGCACUGAAGUGCCUCUGACCAAAGAAGGUGCCGAAAUGCCUCUGACCAAGGAAGGUGCCAAAAUGCCUCUGACCAAGGAAGGGGCCGAAGCACCUCUGACCAAGGAAGGUGUGGAAGUGCCUCAGACCAUGGAAGGUGCCGAAAUGCCUCUGACCAAGGAAGGUGCCGAAAUGCCUCUAACCAAGGAAGGGGCCGAAGCGCCUCUGACCAAGGAAGGUGCUGAAGUGCCUCAGACCAUGGAAGGGGCCGAAAUGCCUCUGACCAAGGAAGGCGCCGAAAUGCCUCUGACCAAAGAAGGCGCAGAAGUGCCUCUAACCAAGGAAGGAGCCGAAAUGUCUCUGACCAAGGAAGGCGCCGAAAUGCCUCUGACCAAGGAAGUUGCCGAAAUGCCUCUGACCAAGGAAGGCGUCGAAAUGCCUCUGACCAAGGAAGGGGCUGAAGCGCCUUUGACCAAGGAAGGUGCUGAAGUGCCUCAGACCAUGGAAGGUGCCGAAAUGCCUCUGACCAAGGAAGGCGCGGAAGUGCCUCUGAACAAGGAAGGCGUCGAAAUGCCUCUGACUAAGAAAGGCGCCGAAGUAUCUCUGACCAGGGAAGGCGCCGAAAUGCCUCUGCCCAAGGAAGGUAGCGAAGUGCCUCUGACCAAGGAAGGUGCCGAAAUGCCUCUGACCAAGGAAGGUGCCGAAAUGCAUCUGACCAAGGAAGGCGCCGAAGUGCCUCUGACCAAGGAAGGCGCCGAAGUGCCUCUGACCAAGGAAGGUGCCGAAAUGCCUCUGACGAUGGAAGGUGCCGAAAUGCCUCUGACCAAGGAAGGCGCCGAACUGCCUCUGAACAAGGAAGGCGCCGAAAUGCCUCUGACCAAGGAAGGUGCCGGAGUGCCUCUGAUCAAGGAAGAAGGCAAGGUGGUCUCAAAAGAAUCCACUAAAAAGGAUAAACAAACUAUUGUGAAUGCUUUACCUAGUCCACUUGAAAAAGAAGAUCUAAUAAUGUUGCUCAAUGAAAGGGAUCAACGAACUUUAUUUUUUAAAGACUUACCAAUUGAAAUCCAGGAAGACGCUCUCAUGAAAUUGUCAAAAGAUAUUCAAAGUGUUCGCAUUCGCAAACGGAUUCGAAGGGAUCCCAAGAAAACUGCAUGGUUUGUUUUUUUCUCUCUCUCUUUCUCUCUUGUACUUAACAUAGAAUUGCUGGCAGAGGACCUGUUUUUGUUCUGA